AUGUUACUGAAAUUAAUCUGCGUAAUCGCAUUGACACAAACAUUGGUGUCAGCUGCGCCCAAGAAGAAAGCAUCGGAGGAGCAUGUUGCUGCGCUAUUUGUUAAGGACACUGAUAAUGGUGAGUUGCGCUUCUUGACCGGCACCAGCAACGUCAACCAGUUGAUCACACAAGGACAGGAUUUUCUUGAACAGCUGCGCCCAAAUAGUGGCUCCAAUAAUAUUCAACCAAUUUACAUAGAUUUGAAUGGCGGCGUUCAGACUACAUCACCGACUGUCAGUACUAGUAGUACUGGUAGUGGUGGCAAUGGUGGUGCUAUAGGUGCUGUUGCUUCUAAUGCUUCACCAGUUGCGGAUCUAUUACCGCAAAUUGUGGGUCAGGCUGUUGCGGGCGGCAACACAUCUCCAACAACUACUACAUCAGGAAGAAGGCGUCGUGUAAUUAGACGUGGUAACAAACGUCGUCAAGGCAAUCGUUGUGGUAUUGCGGCCACAACAGGGUUAAUUCAAGCUAUAAAACUCAAUUUUAGAGAUGAAAAAUGUGUGGAAUAA